GUGACAGACGUGACACCAGACUGGUGGUACCUGUCUUACAGCUCACCUCACCUCCUUGUGUCUGCUGAAGGUUAACUGUGUCUGCUGGAGGUUGACUGUGUCUGCUCAAGACUGAAGAAGUUCACUCUUUCCCUUCGACUCUGCUAAACGCGUGAUUUGUCCUGCAUUCUUGUCCAGCCUUCACCGUAGACAUGGCUGCAUCUCGUUAUCUCCUGGUGGCAGUCUUCGUUACCACAGCCUCCGCCUGGACCCUUCCCUUCCAACAAUUGUUCGUUAACCAGGGAGUCGAACCCCGUCCAAACACCACGUCUAGUGGAGAGGCCGUCAACCUGACCUCCAGCCAGCCUCCAGCCUCCAACAUCUCCACAGAUUCAUCCCCACGUCUCCGGAGAUCAACGGGAGAGCAAGAGAUGCUGUGCAACACUGUUCUUCAGAAUAUCGCUGUGAUACAGGCCAGGGUGGCUAUGUCUGUCAUAAACAACUUUAAGGAGGAUUAUGUCGGGACGAAGUUCUUCACUUCCUGGGCCGGUAUCGACGCCUUCUUCAACAGGAAUCACGACCAUCGUCACCUGACGGUGUGUGACGGAAGCGGUUGUGAUCAGGUGCUACCGACGCUGCCUCCGUCACCCCACCACCCCCCCACCACGCGCCAGGAGGUCAGGCAAGAGAUGGCAAAGGUCGCAGGGUUCAUCCAGCAGUAUAUCAUUGCUCUCGAGCAGCUUUUUCUGGAUCAAUCUCUCACGGAACCCUCCGCCAACGAGAGAUCCUUCAUGAGGGAGAUGGAUGAGGUGUAUCGCCUGAUGGAGGCGCUGAAUGCGGUCUUCCUUCAGGGUAUUGAACACUGUGGGGUCGUGCCCGACGUCUCCCCCGUCAGCGAGCUCUCCAGGAAGAUCUACAUCUACACGAGUAACACCAGCAAGUACCGAAGAGGCUUCAUGGCUCUACGACAGUGUCUCCUCGGGCUCCAGUACCUGGUGGACGUCUUCGCCAGCAACAGUAGCACCACUACACUACAACACUAAAUGGUCAACAUUUAGUGAUGUAGUGAUUAAUGACAAAUUCUGGUUAAUGAUUUCCCAGUGAUUUCUCACUGGGAAAUUAUAAAUUAUAAAUUUUAUAAAGGAAAGCACUAAGCCAUUACGACUAUAUGGCACUGGGAAGGGGUCAGGAUAAGGAUUUGGGAUGGGACGGGGGCAAGGAAUGGUGCCCAAUCACUUGGACAGUCGGGGAUUGAACGCCGACCUGCAUGACGCGAGACCGUCCAGCCCAAGUGGUUAGGCCCUUCACUGGGAAAGAUUCAUCAGAUUAGUCUGAUAAUUUAUGUCACUAUUUUUUGUGCAAUCAUACUGCCAUUCACACACUACGCUCGGGUGUCGUAGUCUUAUGGGCCCGGGUUCGAUUCCCUGGCGAGGCAGAAACAAAUGGGCAGAGUUUCUUUCACCCUGAUGGACCUGUUCACCGAGCAGUAAAUAGGUUCCUGGGAGACAGCUACUACGGGCUGUUUCCUGGG